AUGCGCGCUCUCGUUCAGCCAAACUCCGAGUCGAAAGAUCUCUCUCUCAUGACGAGACAACUUCCAGUUGCCAACCUAUCCCAAGGAGAACACCUGAUUCGCGUCCAAGCUUGCUCCCCGUGCGCUGGUGAGCUGCUUUGGCCCAAGAACUUUCCUCCACCAAAGCCUCGCGAGUUAGUGCCAUGCCCCGAUAUCAGCGGCACUAUCGUCUCUGCACCUACCGACUCCCCCUUCCAACCUGGCGACGAGGUGUAUGCUCGGACCAACUACCUUCGCCCGGCUAAUGCACGUGACUUUACCAUUGGCGUCACCGACGAACUUGCGCACAAACCGAAGAAGUUGAGCUGGGUAGAGGCUGCUGCGGUUCCGGUAUCGGCUGAGACUGCCUGGCAAAUCCUGUUCAUCCAUGCCGGCAUUUUCAAGGGGGAAGAGACCAAUGUGUCUGCUGCACGCGAAGCUUGGAGUAGAAAAAGAGUGCUUGUCACGGCUGCGUCUGGCGGCGUCGGAAUGUGGGUCACACAACUGGCCAGCCUGCUCGGAGCCGAUGUUGUAGGAACCUGCGGUCCUGAGAAUCUGGAGCUUGUGAAGUCUUUGGGAGCAAAUGAGGUUCUGGACUAUCGAACAACAAAUUUGCGUGACUGGGCAGAGCAACCGGGAAAGAAGGUGGAUGUCGUGAUCGAUUGUAUCGGCCGGAAGUCUCUCGAGGACGCUUGGUGGACUGUCCGAGAUGGUGGCGUCAUUUUAAGUAUAUUCCAGCCGCCGAAGCAGGUUUGCCCAGAGAACUAUCAGGGUGAAGGGGUCCAGGACGUCUUUUUCGUGAUGGAGCCGAAUAGGAAGCAAUUGGAGCAGAUAACGAAGUUGAUUGACGACGGCAGGUGUCGGCCAAUGGUGGAUAGCGUAUGGCCACUGGAACAGUUCGAAGAGGCGUUCAAAAGGCUGGAUGGAGGACAUUCAAAGGGGAAGAUUGUUUUUGACUUAUCGUUGAAUCAGUAG